AUGAUCCUGGCCACGAUUAUCGCCAACUGCAUCGUCCUGGCUCUGGAGCAGCAUCUACCGGCCAGCGACAAAACGCCCAUGUCAGAACGUCUGGAGGAGCACAGUGAUGAGGUGAACAUUCUGCAGGAGCUUUCGCUUCACGUGUCGAACAGCAGCAACGCCUCGAUGACUGUGGAGGACAGCAGGUGUCCAGUGCUGCAGGUGGGACAGUACUCCACCUUGGCCGUUCCUCUGCGACAGCUCUUCCCUGACGGUUUUGCAGAUGACUUCAGUUUACUGGUGCAGCUGAUGAGUCCUCAGACAGAAGAACGCAGCGUCUUCACCAUGCUCAGCCCCGACAGCCAGGUGAUGCUGCAACUGCGGGUCAGCGCCUUCGCCCUCAUCUUCACGGGAACACAGCAACGACACUAUGAGUUCCCAGUCGGCGGUCUGUCUGAUGGGAAGUGGCACCAUGUGGCCGUCAGUGUGUCGGCCAAGCGGUUAGCGGUGUAUGUGGACUGUUCUCUGCUGGAGAGCGUGGACUGGGUGCACCACGGCCUGGGGAUCAGCACCGACGGGCUGCUCAUGGUCGGGGGCACCAUUGAGAGUUUCGAGACCCCGUUUGAAGGUCACCUGCGACAGCUGACCUUCCUGAUGGACGACCCGGACGCCGCCCAGCAACACUGCAGCCACCACCCACCCCGCUGCAGCGCCACGGCCCCCAAGCCUCCUCGCUCCCCGCGCACCAACAACUUCCUGGAGAAUGCCUUCCUGCGCCGAGCCGCUUCUCGAGGGGACGGGACGAUGCUUUCAGGACCCGAUCGAAAAGGUUCAAUAGUUCGCGGGGACGUAUUUGUGGUGGACGAGGACACCGACCUGUUGGAUCCAACCUUCCAAAAUGGUGAAUAUGCUAACCCCCUGUGGAAGCCCUCCAGGAAUGGAGGAAACCAGAAAGGGAAGCCUGAAACGUCUUCUAAACAUUUAGAGGAGAAUAUCACUACAGAGAAGAAGAAAGUUUCAAGCGGGGGAACUUCGUCGCUGUUCCCCGGGAAACCCUCUGGUGACAUCAUCGACCUGGACACCGGAAACACACCCAAGAAGCCCUCAGCCGGGAUCCCUUCAUAUCCAAGAACAUCCACAGAUGAUCAGGGCAGGGCUGUCUCACCUACAGCUCAGGUGAUCGUCUCUGACCCAUCUGCAAAAGGCGUAGUUGAAAAGUGGGGAUCCGUCACCACGCAGAGCACCGUGUACUCUGAUGUCAAACAUGUCGACAGGGAGCACCCCGGCACUGUGACCAUCGUGUCCGUAGACGGCGACCUGGUGCGGAGCUCGGAUGGACAAAUGUACCGGCUGCAGAGAGGAGGCGUUGGUCGAAUGGGUCCUCCAGGGCCAGAGGGUUGUCCUGGUGAACCUGGCCUGCCGGGGUUUAAAGGUGACAAGGGUCAAAUGGGCUUCGAGGGUCGUUCGGGGAAAAGGGGGGAGCCAGGACCUCCUGGAGCUGCAGGUUUACCGUCCCUCUACCUCUGGAAGAAUACGGCAGAGGAAUGGGCUGCGUUCCAGCAAACCAACUUCUACCAGUUACUUCGCUCCGGUUGGCCUAGUGAAGAAGGUCCUGCAGGACCACCUGGAGAGAUGGGCAAACCUGGCAUACCGGGGCCUCCUGGUGAAGCUGGGGGGCGUGGACAAGCAGGGAUGCCAGGAGAAAUGGGUGAGCAGGGGCCCAGGGGCCCUCCCGGACGAGUCGGGGCCCCAGGGAGAGAUGGUACAAAUGGGGAAGAUGGUCAGCCUGGGUCAGGUGGUGCUCCCGGGUCAUCGGGGCCCUGGGGACACAGAGGAGAGCGAGGGGCCAAAGGGGAAAAAGGUGAUGAGGGUCUGGUUGGCUUCAAGGGUCCAAGAGGAGAAUCCGGUGAACCUGGUGAGAAGGGUUCCACUGGUUUACCUGGACGACCUGGUCUUGUUGGGCCUCCAGGGCCUCAUGGGAUCCGAGGUGGCUACGGGCCAGAGGGGCCCUGUGGCCCUGAUGGGGAGAACGGACUGGACGGCCUCCCAGGUCCACCGGGGCCAACGGGGGCACCGGGUUUUACAGGACGUGUUGGCGCUCAAGGAGUUAAUGGCUCAAGGGGGGACCUGGGACCUGCCGGCUCUGUUGGCCCCAAAGGCCCCCAGGGGCCUCCAGGUUUAGAGGGACAGAUCGGACCCCCUGGACUCAGAGGGCUCCAAGGACACUUGGGACAGACCGGAGCUCCCGGCCCUAAAGGAGAGAACGGGCCUGUGGGGCCCGUGGGUGGACGGGGGGAUCCCGGCUUUGAGGGGCCCAUGGGCGCUCCGGGGCAACAAGGUCCUGUGGGUUUUACCGGAGUAGCGGGUCACAGGGGACCACACGGGGACAAGGGGGACACUGGACCUAAAGGAAACAAAGGUUUUCAGGGGGCAGAAGGCAUUAUGGGCCCUCAGGGAGAGAGGGGCCCCACCGGCUUCCAAGGUUUCCAGGGGACGAAGGGCCAGCCUGGCUCCAGAGGCACCGAGGGCACAAAUGGAGAAACUGGCCCUCAGGGAAAAGAAGGCAGCCGCGGGUUAAAGGGGACCAGAGGACCAGAUGGACGUAACGGAAAACCAGGACCCAGAGGGAACAAGGGUCCGACUGGACCGAGGGGUCACACUGGUCAACCAGGCUCAUCGGGUUUGUCGGGGCCAACUGGACCAGAGGGAGCAGAAGGAAAGCCUGGUACACAGGGUCCCUCGGGUGCAGUGGGACACGCUGGCAGUAAAGGACUCAGGGGUUUUCAAGGAGUGAUUGGGGAGACGGGAGCAGACGGACCACCAGGUUCUCUGGGGCCUCCAGGGAAGACGGGGCCUCCAGGUAUACCAGGACCCCCAGGAGAGAGGGGUUUCACAGGGAAACCCGGCAUGGAGGGACCCCAGGGCCCAGUAGGCAUGUAUGGCAUCCCGGGGAACGUGGGCAUGCGUGGGAAUCCAGGUUUCAUGGGAGAAAGGGGUGAGCAGGGUUUACGAGGUUUACCAGGACCUGUCGGGAAACCAGGACCUGCAGGUCUCUCAGGUCCUCCCGGAGAGAAGGGACCCCAGGGGCCUCAGGGUCGACCUGGAGACGAAGGACUCAGAGGGAUUCAAGGCCCAGAAGGGCCUCCAGGUGUUCCAGGUGCUGAUGGGGCAAAUGGAAAACCUGGACCCAGGGGAAGCGUAGGGACCCUAGGGCCUCAGGGGCCACAGGGGCCAGCAGGAAUCCCAGGGCCAAAGGGGCCUGAUGGGUUAUUAGGAGCAGCAGGGAAAAGAGGAAACAAGGGUUUACCUGGUUUACCUGGUGAUCCUGGACCCACGGGACAAGGUGGAGAACAGGGUCUCCUUGGCCAAACAGGAAUCGAGGGCCCCCCAGGACAGAAAGGAGAUCAGGGCGACUCUGGGCCUUCUGGGAAACCUGGUCCUCCAAGUCCGCCCGGAGAGAGAGGACUUGAGGGGCUGAAAGGCCUCCAGGGACCCCCUGGACUUGUGGGUAAAGAGGGUGACGUCGGCCAUCCUGGUGAAGCUGGAGGUCCAGGUCCCAAAGGGGAGAAGGGUGAGGUGGGGCCUCUGGGUCUGUCUGGUCGAGAGGGCCCCUGGGGAGACCUCGGAGAGAACGGAGAGAGGGGUCCGAAGGGGGAGAAGGGCCACAUCGGACUGAUGGGUGAGCCGGGGCUUGUGGGUAAAGUGGGACCCGCAGGUCUGACGGGUUUACGGGGAGGCACGGGCCCUCGUGGACCUCCGGGACCAGAUGGAGCUCAGGGACAGAAGGGGGAGUCUGGGCUCAUAGGAAUAACUGGAGCUCCUGGGUCAGGAGGCCCUCAGGGAAUCAAAGGAGCACGUGGUGUCAAAGGAGACGCAGGGAGGCUGGGACCUUCUGGUCCAGGAGGACAAGUCGGACCUCAGGGAGACCAGGGAGAGAUAGGAGAACCAGGACCACAGGGAGAGAAGGGAGAGCCAGGAGCUCCAGGUCCAACCGGGGAACAGGGUGAAGAUGGUCUGCCUGGAAUCCAAGGUCCUCCUGCUCUCCCAGGGUUUGAGGGGGCUCCUGGAGAGAUGGGUCCUCAGGGUCCCCCAGGUCCCCCAGGGGCUCCUGGAGGACCAGGAAGACCAGGACCCGAGGGGACCAGAGGCAUGGAUGGGGAGAAGGGAGACGACGGCAUGAACGGAUCACCAGGAAAGACUGGUCAUGUUGGCCGCAGGGGGAAGCGGGGGAAGGCUGGAGUCAGGGGGACCCGUGGAGACCGAGGACCAAAGGGCGAAAAGGGAGAACGAGGACAGGAAGGUAUCCCCGGGUGGCCAGGUCUCAUCGGAAUUCCUGCGUUACGAGGAGAGCCGGGGGAUCGCGGUGAAAAAGGAAGAGAGGGUGAGAAAGGAGACAUGGGACUCCCUGGACCAGCCGGAGGUGACGGCGCCAAGGGAAUUUGUGGUGCCGCCGGGUUGCCAGGUCCUGCAGGCCUUAAGGGAGAGCAGGGGAGUAUUGGACCUUCAGGGCGGAGGGGGGGGCCUGGGAUGCCAGGGAUGCCUGGUUUGUUUGGAUUCAAGGGUUUGAAAGGAUACCAAGGUUCUCCUGGUCAGCCCGGCAGGAAGGGCCUCCCGGGUCCACCGGGUGUUCCUGGUCCUCCGGGACAGUCUCUGAACUUGACUUUGACUCAACUCAAGGACCUGAUGUACGUGUCCGAUAAGCCGAACCUUCCCCUGGUCCAGACCCUGCUGGACUCUCUGCAGCAGGACCUGCGGCUGCUGGUGGAUCCUCCCGACGGCAGCAAAGAGCAUCCUGCCACCACGUGUCUGGAGCUGUGGCUCUGUCACCCCGAGCUCAGCAGUGGAAUGUAUUACAUCGAUCCCAACCAGGGCAGCCCAGCCGACGCUCUGCUGGCUCACUGCAGCUUCUCCUCCUCUGCACAGCAGACCUGCCUCCAUCCCAGAGACUCUCAGCUGCCCAUGAAGGCCUGGAUGAAGGAGUUUUCUGAGGAGGGGUCUUUCGAGUGGCUCAGCCGGAUGGAGCAGGGUUUUCAGUUCUACUACCCAGGUGCUAAUGUGGUCCAGAUGCGGUUUCUGAGGUUACACAGUACCACUGCCGUCCAGAAGUUGACCUACUCCUGUCAUCCAGGACAUAGACUGGGCCAGACGGACAGAGACAUCAAAUUUCUCACCGACACCAGGAGGCAAAGUUACCUCGGAGCACUUAAAGACUGUGUGCCUGGAGAGGAGAUGGUGUCCGGACCUCGUGAGUCUGUGUUCGAGUUCGAGGACCUCCAGCUGCUUCCUCUCAGAGACUUGGCCGUAAUGGCGGGAGGAAACCUCACGUUCCCGUUCGGCUUCACGGUCGGACCCGUGUGUUUCAGCUAGAGAGGCUGGACCACUGACUCACAGGUCCGAGACUCAAACCUCUGUUCUAAACAAGGACUCCAGGAGGACAACUGGAACGUAUCCUCCGACGUUGGGUCCUUUUCCUCUUGUAUUUUGGGGAUUCGAUCUCUCAAGCUGAGUGACUCCAUAUUAAUAUUCAUUUGAGAGGGCACGAGCGCUCCCCAACCUUUUGUUUUUACGGAGAAGUCA